GUGCGCGCGGGAUAUCGACGAUAUCCUAGAGACGGUGCUCGAGGAUCACUUGGCCCGGAAAGAAGGCGUGGAUAAGGACAACUUUAUGGAUAUACUGCUCGGGAUAUAUAGGGGAGACGUUCCGGGCGUGUCGAUCGACCGCAUUACCGUCAAAGCCAUGAUUUAUGAUGUUGUAGGGGCGGGAACCGAAACCUCGGCAACAGCUCUAAUGUGGAUGAUGACCGAGCUGAUUCGGCACCCACACAUCAUGAAGAAACUGCAAGAUGAAGUCCGAGGGGUGACCGAGGGCAAAACUGUCAUAACCGAGGACGACAUCCAGCGAAUGCCGUACCUCAAGGCC